AUUGUUGGUUUAGAGAAAAGAUGAAACCUUCUCAAAAGAGAGCUCGAAAACACAAAACACAAUCCACCGAAAACGCCACCAGCAGCGAAGUUAAAGAAGCUUCCGUCACACACCUGAACGACUCUCCCUCCCCUGAGCCUCCCGAAACCAACCCAUCUCCUUCACUACUCAACCGCGGGAGAGCCAAAAAACGCCGACUGCACAACAACAACCCAUCUGAAACCACCGAGCAACAACAACGCGGCGGCGGCGUAGUCAGCCAGCGGUCGUCUCUUCCUCAUCACCACCACUCCGAUUGCACCAACAACAAUGGGACGAUUGUUUCAUCAGCACCAACAACGGAAUCUCUACCUGCUGCUCCGAGCUGGGAGACUGUGGUGAAAGUUGUGCCUUCUAUGGACGCUGUGGUGAAAGUCUUUUGUGUCCACACUGAUCCUAACUUCUCCCUCCCGUGGCAGAGGAAACGACAGUACAGCUCCGGUAGUAGUGGUUUUAUUAUAGGAGGAAGAAGGGUUUUGACGAAUGCACAUUCCGUUGAGCAUCAUACUCAAGUUAAGCUCAAGAAGCGUGGCUCUGACACUAAGUAUCUAGCUACUGUCUUAGCCAUUGGAACUGAAUGCGACAUUGCGUUGUUGACAGUUAGUGAUGAUGAGUUUUGGGAAGGAGUGUCUCCUGUGGAGUUUGGAGAUUUACCAGCUUUGCAAGAUGCUGUGACUGUUGUUGGUUACCCAAUUGGUGGAGACACAAUCUCCGUCACGAGCGGCGUUGUUUCUCGGAUGGAGAUACUGUCUUAUAUACAUGGCUCGACAGAGCUUUUGGGGUUGCAGAUUGAUGCGGCUAUAAACUCUGGGAACUCUGGUGGUCCUGCGUUUAACGACAAGGGGAAAUGCGUCGGCAUUGCGUUUCAGUCGUUGAAACAUGAAGAUGCUGAGAACAUUGGUUAUGUCAUCCCAACGCCGGUGAUUGGACAUUUCAUUCAAGAUUAUGAGAAGCAUAAUAAAUACACAGGCUUUCCUGUGAUUGGGAUUCAGUGGCAGAAGAUGGAGAAUCCAGACUUGCGUAAGAAGAUGGGAAUGGAGUCUCAUCAAAAGGGAGUGAGGAUAAGGAGGAUCGAGCCUACCGCCCCGGAGUCACAGGUUUUGAAGCCCUCUGAUAUCAUCCUUAGCUUCGAUGGAGUCAAUAUUGCUAAUGAUGGAACUGUUCCAUUUAGGCAUGGAGAAAGAAUUGGCUUUAGCUAUCUUAUAUCUCAAAAGUACACUGGAGAUUCUGCUCUUGUGAAGAUCCUGCGUAACAAAGAGAUACUUGAGUUCAAAGUAAAACUUGCAAUCCACAAGAAGCUAAUCCCUGCACACAUAAGUGGCAAAACUCCUUCUUACUUCAUCGUUGCUGGCUUUGUAUUCACUACUGUCUCCGUUCCUUAUCUUCGCUCUGAGUAUGGAAAAGAAUACGAGUUUGAUGCACCUGUCAAGAUUUUGGAGAAACAUCUUCAUGCAAUGGCUCAAUUCGUGGACGAGCAACUUGUUGUAGUUUCACAGGUUCUUGUUUCUGACAUUAACAUUGGUUAUGAGGAGAUUGUCAAUACCCAGGUUCUUGCUUUCAAUGGCAAACCUGUGAAAAACUUGAAAUGUUUGGCUGAGAUGGUGGAGAAUUGUGAAGAUGAAUACAUGGAGUUUAAUCUUGAUUAUAAUCAGAUUGUUGUUCUGGAAACAAAGACUGCAAAAGAGGCAACUUUAGAUAUUCUGACUACACAUUGCAUACCUUCUGCUAUGUCUGAUGAUCUCAAGACUUAA